CACCCUAUGAACCUUUUUUUUGCACUACACAGUCCCACUUCAACCAACUUUCUUUCUUCUCUCCUAUCAGCAUUCACCUUUUCCAUUCUCACUCUCUCUCUCUCUCACACACACACUCUGUCCCAUAGCUAGUUGUAGAUAUUACAGUUCCUUUGUUUUUCAUGGAUGAAAAGUGGAAGGUGUCAAAGAAGGAAGCAGGUUCAAGCACAUCAUCCAGCAAGUCAUCAUUGUUCUCAAGGAGUUGCUCAACAAGAGGCUCUUCUUCUUCUUCUUCUUCAAACUCCCCUCUCUUGAUCAGGAGCUUAUCCCAAAAGAGUUCCUCCACUUCCAAAACCACUAUUCCUAGGAGCUUCUCACAGAAGAACCCCUCCAUUGGUAAGAAGUGCACCAGCAUAGCUAAGGAACACAAAGCCAGAUUUUACAUCAUGAGGAGGUGUGUAGCCAUGUUAGUUUGCUGGCACAAGCAUGGGGAUUCUUGAAGGAAUCUCCUUAGAUCGCCUUUUCAUUAUAGUAGCAAAAUGCUGAAGGGAUCUGUUCCCCCCCCCCCCCCCCCCCCAAAUAUAUUCGUUUUGUAAUUGCCAAUUAUAUAAGGUGAGUUAUAACUUAUAAGAUUGAUUUACUCAUUGCUUAAACUAUAUGUGUUGUUUAUGUAUACAUACACAAACACACACUCCACUUAAGUAUUAGUCAAUCUUCAGUUCUUCACCCUCCAGCAAAACACUUCUAAUCUUGAUUUAUCUUUUUUGUUAGUUUGAGAUUAAUGUUAAACAAUGACAACUAAACUAAAAGCAUGCUUCACUUUUGGUUCAGGAUCCUCAAAAAGUUUUCAUGUACUAAAUCCCA